UCUAGGCUGACUUGGUGCGCACGUGGACACUGCGCUCACUUCCGUUUGAAGAUGGCGGCGUGCAUGUGGUGGCGGGCUGUGCAGAGAGGAGCGGAGAGUGCGGCUGUUUUCCUCAGCAGGAGGAAGGUGGUGAGGGAGAGCCCCAGAAGAUGGCUGAACCUGCAGGAGUACCAGAGCAAGAAGCUGAUGCAGGACAGCGGCGUGACCGUCCAGCGCUUCUUCGUGGCGGACACCGCUGCCGAAGCCCUGGAGGCUGCCAAGAGGCUCAAUGCUAAGGAGAUCGUGCUGAAGGCUCAGAUUCUGGCAGGGGGUCGGGGUAAAGGAGUAUUUGACAGUGGCCUUAAAGGAGGAGUGCACUUAACCACAGAUCCUGCAGCGGUGGGCGAGUUGGCCGGUAAGAUGCUCGGCUACAACCUGACCACCAAGCAGACGCCUAAAGACGGAGUGAAAGUGAAAACGGUGAUGGUGGCCGAAGCUCUGGACAUCAACAGGGAGACGUACUUUGCAAUCCUAAUGGACCGCGCAUGUAACGGGCCUGUCAUGGUGGGCAGUCCACAGGGGGGAAUGGACAUUGAGGAAGUGGCGGCCAGAACACCAGAGCUCAUCUUUAAGGAGGCCAUCGAUAUUUUCGAAGGUGUUCGAGAUGACCAAGCGCUGCGUAUGGCGGCUAAUUUGGGCUUCAAAGGGCCACUGGAGAGGCAGGCUGCAGAUCAGAUUAAGAAGCUCUAUGAUCUGUUCCUGAAAGUCGACGCCACUCAAGUGGAAGUCAAUCCACUCGGAGAGACUCCCCAAGGACAAGUUGUGUGCUUCGACGCCAAAAUAAACUUUGACGACAACGCGGAGUUCCGCCAGAAAACCGUCUUCGCCAUGGACGACACGGCCGAGAGUGACCCCAUCGAAACCGAGGCGGCCAAAUAUGACCUCAAAUACAUCGGCAUGGAUGGAAACAUCGCCUGCUUCGUAAAUGGUGCCGGCCUCGCCAUGGCAACAUGUGACAUCAUUGACCUGCACGGCGGCAAACCGGCUAACUUCCUGGACCUGGGAGGAGGAGUGAAGGAGAACCAGGUGUACGCAGCCUUCAAGCUGCUCACUGCUGACCCGAAGGUGGAGGCCAUUCUGGUGAAUAUCUUUGGCGGGAUUGUGAACUGUGCCAUCAUCGCUAACGGCAUCACUAAAGCCUGCAGAGAGCUGGAGCUCAAGGUGCCCCUGGUCGUCCGGCUGGAAGGAACCAACGUGCAGGAGGCUAAGCGGAUCCUGUCCGAGAGCGGCCUGCCCAUCACUUCGGCCAGCGACCUGGACGACGCAGCCAGGAAAGCAGUGGCUGCUAUCACUAAGAAAUGAUAUGCAUACAUACUUAUACAAUAACCUCUUCCUUAUCCACAUGCACUCAUCAAUCAUGCAAGUAGAAGAUCACAGAAACACUCACUGCACUAAACUGGGCUCGCCAUGCCCUGCCGUCCGGUCUGUUUAAAGCUUAGGCCCCUCCAACAGAGCUGUGGACAGGUUAAAGGGUUCAAACCUGCUUUAAAGUGAUGAUUUCCUGUUCAAAUAGCUUUUAACCUGAAAUGUUAAAGAAGAUUUCCAGUAUUUUUUAUUCUAAUGUAUAUCAUCUGCAUCUGUGGAAUAUGUUUGGUUACCAUGGACAGUAAUUUUGAAGCAUUUCCCUGUUAGUUAGAACAGAAAACCUAUUGAUUUGAAACAUAUACUGUAGUCAAUAUACCAAUAGAAGUCAAUGGACAGUCGCUUCAGCAUCUUCCCAUUGGCUUCUAUUAUAAGUCCCCAGUGGUUUCUAUCAUAUGAAUGGCUGAGUUCUGAUCUAUUCCUUAGAUUUCUGUUCUUUUGCCUAUAAAACAUAUGUCCAUGGUAAUUGACCGUAUGUCCAUGAUAUUUGACCAUAUGCCACAGAUGCAGCAGAUAAAGAUUAGGUUGAAAAUGCUGUAAUUUCCUUUAAAACUAGACUUUUUUGUCAACUUCUGAAAAGCCGAACUAUUCCCCUAAUAAUAAUUCCUUAAAACAAGCCCUAUUGACCGUAAAAUCCACUCAAGCACAUUCGUUUACUCUCUUCAAGUGCCAUUUGUCACCACAAGUCCUUUAAUUUACUUUUGCCGUUGUAUCUCAAGACCAUUUGCAUCUUUUUCUUCUUAUUAUUUUCCUUUUUUUUUAAUUAACCUGUGGGUUUUUUGUACAAUCGUCCAAUCGUUGCUUUAUGUAUAAUCAUGUUUGCAUUCCGUGUUGGCGAGAGAUAGUCAACCUCCUGAUUGUUUUUCAGUGUGGGAGCAUUCGCAGGGUUAGCGUUAGCCAAGAUAGCAAUCAGCACAAUAGCGCUCCUCAGCACACAAUGAACAGCAUUGCGUAUUGUUAAUCGCACACAGUAACCGCAGGGAGGGAGAGGAAACUCUCUGAUGGUUAUCGUUAUGACUGUGAAAUGAGCUGCAAACCUGGUAUUGAUUUAUUAAGCUUCUUAUAGGCUCGCUGGCCUGGUGUGAAGUGGGAUUCAAACCCAUGGCCUACUGCUUUGUGGCUGUAAAUGCUCUACCAGGUGCCCUGUGGCCAGAGUUGCCUUCAGGCCUGUAUUCUGGGGAAAAAAAGGAGUAAGACGUUUAAUUGAUUUGCCCACAAAUGUGUUUUUUCUUAGCUGCUGUUGUGUGUUUGGACGACCUUUACAGAACAUUGAAAAAAUGUCAUUCAACCUAAUGAUAAACUGUCAUUUUUAUUUGUUUUUUAGACAUGAACAUCUGGUUGAUAGGCUUAGCGUAAGUGCAUCAGCGUCAACUGUGUCAGCGAUCACUAAAAACCUUGAUUACACGACAAAACCUGCACCUGCUUUUUCCCUAACGUUGUAACUUUUCACUCUUGCCCAAUAUAAAUAUAUUUAGAAAUUAAUAACACUGUAAAUGUAGGUAUUUUGAGUUGUGCACUACAGUUUCUCUUUAGCUUGAACUAGAUUCAGAGUUCUGUAGAACAUGUCCAACCUAGCAACAGUAGCUAUGACAGAGUGCAUUUGUGGGCGGAGCUUGGAGAGGUUGAUUUAACAGCUUCUAUAUCUCCUCCACUAUGAUACAUUUGUUAGCCUGGGUGAGGUGUAAGUUAGCAAGCUUUUAGGGAGAACUGAGCUAAAUAAUGGAUUUAGCUCAGGUGCACCUUACCUUUUAAGCCUUUUAGCCUCCAGGUGAAUCCAGCUUACUCUUGAUUUGGCCUUAUUUCAGUUAUAAGUAUGGCUUCUAGGGCUCGUUUGCCUCGUCACAGGUCUGAAUACGUGAAGCCUAAGGCCUAGCUUAUUUAUGCCUUACUGAAAACGUGUGUGUUGUGGGCGUAAGAUAAACACUGGUGUCGUUCUAUGCCUUUUAAAAUCCACUGUGUGCAGCUACUUUGUUGUGUCACUUCAAAUAAAAUCUGGUUUAGUGCAGUAGCCAGACUUGAUUUGUUGUCACCAUGCCUAUCUCAGAUUUUACAGUCCAGCAGGCCAACUUUUCCAUCCAUGAUUUAUUUUUGUCUAUUUCUUUAUUAUAAUGAAACAAAAUUGUAUGUAAUUAGACUUUUUGAAAUACAUGAAUGUAUUUUUAGAGUAUUAUUUGUUCAAUUAAAUAAAAAGAUUCCGUUAAACUCA